UCUUCUUGUUAAACUCUUCAAUCUCAAUUUCUCCUUUGACUUUCCCAUUCAUAUAUAUAUUUUUUCUUUUAUAUUGAUGGUUUCUUUGGGUGCGGGUUGGCACUUGGCAUGAUGAAUUCACUAUGGAUGGUGCUCACGAAAAGUGUUUGUUUUAAUAAAGCCCGAGUUGGAAGAGUUAUCGAUCCAUCUUCUGGAAUACUUUUUAUUCUUAGUACCGUAUCAAAACCGAAAAUACCAACUGUUAAAAGCUUUUUUUUUUUUUUAAUUUUUAAUCUGGGUAACCUUUUUUUUAUUAUUAUUAUUUUUGGUUGAAGUUAGUUUCGGUUGUAUCCAGGAGGUCAUAUUGCCAUAACUCAUAAGGUUAUUGAAUUAAUAAUAACAAAAUAUAAAUUUUUACAAAAGACGCUGCAUGUAAAAGAUGAGACUGUAAAUAUUAAUAUUUGAAUUUCAAAAUUGUUAAAUAUUACCAUUUAAAAAAUGUCUGAAUCAUUUGAAUUAAUUUCUGGUUUUUAGAAUAUUCGUUUUAUGAUUGCCUUUUGGAAAGCAAAAUCUAAAUCCCACUCACACUUUUUUUCCCUGUUUGAUUAUUCCUCCUGUUGAGGAAACUGUUUGUUUCUUGAAACUGAGCACUUUCAUUCUUGAGUUUUUCACAAGUAUACUAUACUGCUUUACUGUAAUAGCCUUGCUUUCCUGGAAAAAGAAAAUUGACCGAGUUGCUGCACAAGUGUCUUAAUAAAAGAUAUGCUUCACAGCAUAAUGAAGUUCUGGAAAAGGGGAAUACACUUCGGUUGGUAGAGCGCGGAGAAUAGAAAUUGCAUCUAAUCUUUUUGCUUAUUCAAAUCUGAAAUUAAAUAUCCACCACAAAUCCUGUAAAUAAUUCACAAUUUGAACUACUUCAAAGUAAGGGUGAAUCUUGUUUGUAGCGGAAGAAAAUAUAGAAUAAGUUGGCUAUAUGACUCUAGGCCUUAAAGUCAACACUUAAACAAAGGAUAGUUUAUUAUGAUAUUGAAAUUAAUGAAUCAACAUGGAUGAUCUCUUUCAAACAAUACCAAACCAAUUCUAAGUGUCUUUUGUUUAAGGAAUUUAGCCUGAUUUAUAAUCAACUUGCCGGGUCUUAAGAAUGUAGAACAGAUGAGAGCUAGAUACAUUUUCUGUAACUGAUGAGAAGUGUCUUUUUGACAUGAAAUAGUUGACAAAUAUUGCUCAUUGCACUCAUAUAAAUGGGAACUGUCCCCCCUUUUUUCCAAUGCAAACACUCUUUUGAUCUUCUUUGGCUCUCUUCUCUUUAACUGUUACAGUCUCAAAUUAGUUUGCGUCGAUCAGCACUGACCUUUUAGGUUAUAAACUAGUCUCUAGACAGAAUGAGUCACCGUGUCACUGAUGGGCUUGGCCACGAGGAGAUGGAUGUUAUUAACGUUUCUUCAUCACGUCGCAAUUCAGAGAAUUUGCCAUACGUUCACAAAGUGGGAGUACCUCCUAAGCAAAACCUGCUGAAAGAAAUUGCAGGCACUGUGAAGGAAACUUUCUUUGCAGAUGAUCCUUUACGUCAUUUUAAGGAUCAACCAAGGUCAAGAAAGUUUGUGCUAGGCCUCCAAGCGGUUUUUCCUAUUUUAGAAUGGGGAAGGCACUAUAGUCUUUCUAAAUUCAAAGGCGACUUCAUUGCUGGACUUACCAUUGCAAGUCUUUGCAUUCCACAGGAUAUUGGGUAUGCAAAGCUUGCCAAUAUGGAGCCUCAAUAUGGAUUAUAUAGUAGCUUUGUUCCACCUCUUGUUUAUGCAUUCAUGGGAAGCUCGCGGGAUAUUGCUAUUGGACCGGUGGCUGUGGUGUCUCUCUUGCUUGGCAGUCUCCUGCAGGACGAGAUUGACUCAUCUGAUAAUCCAGUUGACUACCGACGCCUUGCAUUCACUGCUACAUUCUUUGCUGGCAUCACUCAGGUCACACUUGGAUUUUUCAGGUUGGGGUUCUUGAUAGACUUUCUAUCUCAUGCUGCCAUAGUUGGCUUUAUGGCGGGUGCUGCUAUCACCAUUGCCCUUCAACAACUUAAAAGUCUACUUGGAAUCAAAAAGUUCACAAAGAAUACUGAUAUUGUCUCUGUCAUGCGCUCAGUGUGGAGUUCAGUGCAUCAUGGCUGGAAUUGGCAAACUAUACUUAUAGGAAUGUCCUUCCUGGCCUUCCUCUUGGCUGCAAAAUACAUUGUGAAAAAGAACAAGAAACUAUUUUGGGUGCCAGCAAUUGCUCCCUUGAUCUCUGUCAUACUCUCCACCUUUAUUGUGUACAUAACACAUGCUGACAAGCAUGGUGUUCAGAUCGUGAAACAUAUCAGAAAGGGCAUCAACCCACCGUCUGUUAAUGAAAUAUUUUUCUCUGGAGAAUAUCUUGGCAAAGGUUUCAGGAUAGGUGUUGUAGCGGGCAUGAUAGCAUUGACGGAAGCCGUCGCAAUUGGAAGAACAUUUGCUUCCAUGAAGGACUACCAGCUGGAUGGAAACAAGGAAAUGGUAGCAUUAGGAACAAUGAAUAUUGUUGGUUCAAUGACAUCUUGUUAUGUGGCUACAGGUUCCUUCUCUCGCUCAGCAGUAAAUUACAUGGCUGGAUGCCAUACAGCUGUGUCUAAUAUAGUGAUGUCCUGUGUUGUGCUAGUAACAUUGGAACUUAUCAUUCCUCUGUUCAAGUACACUCCAAAUGCAAUUCUUGCUUCUAUUAUUAUAUCCGCAGUGAUUGGCUUAAUUGACAUUGAAGCAGUAACUCUAAUAUGGAAGAUCGAUAAAUUUGAUUUUGUUGCUUGUAUGGGAGCCUUCUUUGGAGUAGUUUUCUCUUCUGUUGAGAUAGGCCUCCUAAUUGCGGUUUCAAUAUCAUUUGCAAAAAUCCUCUUACAAGUCACAAGACCUCGGACAGCAAUUCUUGGAAAGCUUCCAAGGACGACUGUUUACAGGAACAUCCUCCAAUAUCCAGAAGCAACAAAAGUUCCUGGCAUCCUCAUUGUUAGAGUUGAUUCUGCAAUUUACUUUUCCAACUCCAACUAUGUAAAAGAAAGGAUUUUGAGAUGGCUGGCUGAUGAAGAAGAACAACUGAAAGAAAAUUCCCAACGCAGAAUUCAGUACUUGAUUGUUGAAAUGUCACCUGUUACUGACAUUGACACUAGUGGCAUCCAUGCCCUCGAAGAGUUGUUCAGAAGUCUUGAGAAGAGGGAUGUCAAGCUUGUUUUAGCAAAUCCAGGGCCAGUUGUGGUUGACAAGCUCCAUGCCUCAAAGUUUCCAGAGAUGAUAGGGGAGGAUAGGAUCUACCUCACUGUGGCAGAUGCAGUACUAACAUGUUCUCCCAAAAUGGAAUUAGAACCGUAAAAUAAUUUGUCCAUGAUGUUGUCCAACUAAUCCAAAAUUUUGGGAUAUUCAAGUGCAUUUGAUUAAAGAAAAAGAAAGUUUUUUAAGGAAAAAAGAUCAGAUGAACGAAUUUUCAUAUUUCUCUUUUUUUUUUUGAGAGAGAACAAAGGUAAACAUCACUAUUAGUAGAAUGAACAUUUCCUUCGAAGGACUGAUGGGGCUCCGGAGUCACACCACUGAUAUUUUUCUACUUUUAGGAUAAUAUAUCUGGUGUAGGUGUAUGUGUUUGGAAUCUCAUUCUCAUCGAAUGGGGAUUUUUUAUUAGUCUCUUUGAUUGAGCUUGAAACCUCAGAACAAUUAAAAAGUGGCAUCCAAGCUAUCAUGAGAAUAUUAUCA